AUGAACUUGACUGCAGCAGUAAGUGGUAGGAUCAUGCAGUGGUUGGUCAUGUGGUGCCAGGUCUUGCUCCUCGCCGAGGGCAUGCACCUGAUGCCCCAGUACUACGAGCCCUCAACCGAGGUGAACUGCAUCGAAUAUGCAACUGCAAAUCAAAACAGGAUUGGUAGAAUGUUAAGAGAAGGUUGGCAUGCCCAGAAACCAACGCCUAGAAAGAUUAUCCAGAAACGUUCUGUUACGAUACCUGUCCAGUUCUCUCUCACCACGGAGCCCAUGUCGAGACGAAUGGACGAUAUUUUCACCAAUAUUAUACCAAGAGGCACUCAUUUGCUCAAAGAACACGCAAAAUUGGUCCAAGAUAUAAACAGCCUCCGUCAAGUAGUGUUCAUAUCGCCAUUCAUCGAUGAACCAAAGGAUUACGAUGACUCCAUCUUUCAUGAGAUUAUUGAAACUGCACCAACUUCUACGAACAGACCGUCAUCGUUCAAGCCAAUUAUAAGUACCACAAGACCACCAACAAGUUCGACAAGACCACCAAUGAGUUCGACGAAAGGAGGUUCGAUUCCAAUCAUAUUACUGGGUGGCGCAAGUCAGCGGCAGGUGGUAAAGAGUCAACCUAUUACUUUUCUGAAACCGACCAUUAGCUUAGUCGGGACCACCGUUUCUCCUCUGGCCAAACAUCCAUACCCUUUCGUGAACCCACAACGGAAGCCGGUUAAGAUCUGUAUGACGUCGAUCCCUGCGAUGUUUACCACAACAAGACGUCCACCUACUUUUUGGGAUAAACUCAUAGACUAUUUCAUACCUGCCCGUACCAUAGGAAGGUAG